CUUCUUCAGAUGGGAUAAGUGCCUUGUUUUACUUGUUUUACGACGUGAUGUCGUGAUCAUCGUACAUAUCAAGUGAUGACAUGAUAUGACUCUGUAAUGGCGAAUCAAACCAAGGCGUUAGGAGGCCUUAAGGGAAAUAUUUCCUGGAUGACUGAUAGCUCCUCUACGAUUUGGCCGCCCUUGAUGAAUUGACAACGCAGAAAUGACAAAUACGAGGUUACUAUCUAUGAUCUAUAGCACUCCCGAGGAGUCUCGGCAUCUAUUUUCUUUGUCAAAGGUGUUCCAUUUCCCGUCAAAAAUCCAAAACUGUUCAGUAUACACUAUACACCCACUGUUUGAGCACAUUCCACUGCUACCAUGGUUCAGAACACCAUCACUCCAGCUCUAUUGGCGUAUUCGCCACCUGACCCUCCUCUCAAAGAGUUCACUCCUGCCAAGGAUAGGGCCUUUUUCGCUGACACGGAGAAGAGGUCGCUUCUCUCUGCAGCAUCAGCAGCCGAGGACCUUACUCCAUACAUCGGAACAGAGCUGAAAGGAAUCCAAUUGAGCCAGUUGACCGACCAGCAGAAGGAUGAGCUAGCUCUACUCGUUGCUGAGCGGGGUGUGGUCUUACUCCGGGAUCAAGAUAUUACUCUGGAGCAGCAACAUGCGCUGGCGGCCCAUUAUGGCAUUCAAGAUAGAGACCCAAAUCAGCAAGAUCCAAACCAUGUGACCAUUAUUGGACGCGGAGGAAAUAUCCGCGCCCAUGGCCACUCCGGGGGCGAGUAUCAUGCGGACCAUUCUUUUGAGGUCAAUCCGCCAUCCUACACGUUAUUGCGCUUGGUUAAGACUCCGCCAUAUGGAGGCGACACCAUUUUUACUAGCCAAACUGCUCUGUUUGACAAACUCAGCCCAACAUUUCAAAAGGCGUUCGAGGGCCUACAUGGUAUUCAUUCUUCGGAUCGGGCAUAUGUUGCAUCUAUCAAUGGUGGUGGCUCACCUCACAGAGCUCCAAUUGCAACUGCACAUCCCCUGGUCCGAACGCACCCAGUAACUCUACUCAAAGUGUUAAACUAUAACCCUACCUUUAUCGAGCGGAUUGAGGAGCUAAACGGCCAAGAGUCACACCACAUUCUCGCCUUCCUCCGCGAACACCUCCUUCAAGCUAAUGAUCUCACGGUGCGAUGGAAGUGGACUCCAGGAUCCGUCGCGUUCUGGGACAACCGCUCGGUGGUCCAUCGCGCCAUUCCUGGUGGCUACGACGUCACGCUACGGGAAGGGAAGCGAACUGCGGUCUAUGGAGAGCGUCCGUUCUGGGACCCAGAAAGGAGUGAGAGUUUGAGCCAGAGACUGGAACGACUGGGGGCGAAUGGCCAUGCUAUCGGUACUGCGAACGGGCAUGAGAAUGGCAAGUCGGAAGGUCUUGGGGCUAACGGCGCGUUCUAACGGCGAGGUAUAGCAUAAAAAUGCAUCCUCGGGUCUUGUAGUUACGAAAAGCUUGGACGGGAUGUAGGACUCGUAAACUGCCAACCAUCCGCGCAGUCAAAUGCAG